AUGGAUCUCCCCGAACGCUUUAAAGAGGACGAUGGGGAAGAGGAGGAUGCUUCGAAGUUGGAUGAGAACCAUCCUGAGGGUUUCGUGCAGCAGUCCAUGUACGGCAUCAUCGCCGCAGCGCAUGGGAAGGGGAAUUUCAAGAGCUCGUUGCAACGGCUUAGUGGGAGUGAGAGUGAGAGUGAGAGCGAGGAUGUCGAGUUAGGGAGUAAGGCAAAAGACAAGAGCAGGGUUGAGAGAAGGACAUCGAGUGAAGGCAGCGAUGGCAAAGCAACCCCUCGGCCCGGUCACCGCAAGAACAAGAUGUCGGAGAGUAUACGCUCGCUGUUGAAGCCGAUCCGGGAACGCAGCGAUUCUACGGCCCAGGACCCGAUGUCUCAGUCUCAGCUCCUGCCGCCGAAAGGCACUGCUUCCGAGGAGGCCGAUCGUCCUGCAACAGCCAUCCGGCAUGAUGCCCCGAUCAUGGACCAGAAAUUACAAGCCGCUGCCCGAGCACGAGCGGACUUUGAUUCCUCGGCGCCGUCAUCGGCAAAGACGAGCAGAGAAGGUACACCUACGGCCUCGAUGAUCAGGAAGAAAGCUCCCGUCGCCCUUCCCGAAGCUCUGGCCGACAUAUUCCAGUUCGACGUCCCCGAGGAGGUCAUAGCCGAGUACUCGUGCUGGUACCUCCAAAGCGUACUACUGCAGGGCUACAUGUACAUCACGCAACAGCACGUCUGCUUCUACGCCUACCUACAGAAGAAAGGGAAUGUCGUCAAAUCUGGCCAUCUAUCGAAACAAGGGAAACGCAAUCCAAGGUUUCGACGAUACUGGUUCACGUUGAAAGGAGAUGUAUUGAGUUAUUAUGCCAGCGCCGCCGAGCCUUACUUUCCGAGCGGCACGAUCGAUCUACGUUUCGCCAUCAGCGCUGAAGUUGUGCCGGAGAAGGAGACACCACAGCAAGGCAAGGAGAAAGAAAAUGCGCGCUUCGUCAUCACCACCGACGGACGAACAUACUACUUCCGCGCUGACAGCGCUGCCAGCGCAAAGGAAUGGGUGCGGCAGCUGCAGAAAGUCAUCUUCCGGACCCGCAACGAAGGCGACAGCGUCAAGAUCUCGAUCCCGCUGGAGAACAUUGUCGACGUUGAGGCGAAUCCGAUUGUGGAGUCGGCGGAUACGGUCAAGUUGAGGGUCAUUGCUGAUGAUGAUACGUAUGCGAUUGAGGAGUAUUUCUUCACGUUCUUUACUAAUGGGAGGGAUGCGUUGAAUGUGCUAGGUUUGAUGACUGCGGAUAACGAGGCGAAGAAGGCUGCGACCGAGGAGGGCCUGGCAGAAGACGAAGGUAAAAGAUCAAAGGGCAGAAUGUCUUCGACGUUCAAGCGUGAUCAGUCUGAAGAACGCUCACCCCGGAUGUCAACGGGUGCUGCGCUUCCGGUCGCUGAGCCUGUGCGCUCGACGCUUUCGCCUUUAGCUGCUGCGGAUCGUUCGAGUCCUAGGAUCAGCAGCGAUAGAGGGCGGUCGAGUGGUGAGGUGUCAAGAACAAGCUUCGACCGAGGACGUUCGAGCUUUGACAGAAGCAGGCGAAGUCUUAGUAAGACGCGACAGACCAGCUACCAGUGGCGGCGAACGUCGAAGUCGCCUCUUUCGCCUUCAGCGCACGAAUCUUCGGAGUCUUUUGUGACUAGCUCGGAGACUGCGCUGGAUAGUCCAACUGGUGAGGGGCUAGAUCUCAUGUCUGCGAGCCAGGUUCUGGGUGGCGACAGUGUAUUUCGUGGUCCUACAAUGCGGAAGCCGCAGCCCAAGAGGACUGUGUCUGGAUCGACUGUGGGCAGACUACGGCAGGAGUCGAGAGAGCAGAGCCCACUUUCGCCGGCCACAGCGCCCAUACGUGUGCAACCACCGAGCAGAGCGCAGACAGAGCAGUUUCUCACUGCGAGCCCAACAGAAGUGACACAACAACGCGGAGAAUACUUUUCCAAGCAAAAGCCAGACAACACCACAGCACAGUCGUCCACCGUGCAAAUCCCCGUAACCCGCCCCAAACGCGCCCUUGCCACCCCCCUCCAACACGCCUACACCCUCGCCGGCGUCGUCCGCGACCACGGCAAACGCAUGUCCUCCUACCUCAGCAGCAGCCCCAAAGACUACUACAACCGCUUCUCCGGCGCCAUCGCAGGCGGCAAACGGCACUACGCCGACUCCGACGGCCUGGCCCCGGACGACCGUAUCGAUGACAUCGAAGACGACCUCGACACUUCGGAGCACGAACAGCGGUUCCAGCAGCAUUUCGCGCUGCCCGAGACGGAACGUUUGCGUGCGGUGUAUUAUUGCUGGCUGCAUCGCGUGCUUCCGCUGUAUGGGAAGGUGUAUCUCAGCGAUCGGAGGUUCUGCUUUCGGAGUCUGUUGUAUGGGACGCGGACGAAGCUUGUGAUUCCGUUCAGGGAUAUUCAGAAUGUGGGCAAGGAGAAGGGGUUUAGGUGGGGGUAUCCGGGGAUGGUACUGGUGAUUCGCGGGCAUGAGGAGUUGUUCUUUGAUUUCAGCGCGGCGGAGCUGAGGGAUGAUUGUGCUGUCACGGUGCUGAGGGCGCUGGAUGUUACGAAGUCGGCACUGGAGUCUGUUAUGCUGACCGAGGAGGAGCAGGAUGAGGCUGCGGAGGCGGCGAUGGAGAAUGAGCUGUUGCAGGAUGCGAGGAGGGAUAGCUACGAGGAAGAUCAUCGGAAGGCGCUGGAUGCGGUUGGAGGAGGUGGAAUUGGUGAGAUGCCUAUCAUGUUCGACGAUCCCAACGCUUCGGUGCUGGACUUCCGGCCGAAGACUUCUAUGCGGAUCACUUGCCUCACCAUCGGCUCGCGAGGAGAUGUCCAGCCCUACAUUGCCCUUUGCAAGGGUCUCAUCGCUCAAGGCCACCAAGCCAAAAUCGCAACGCAUGCACAGUUUGAGGGGUGGGUGAGGAAGCACGGCGUCGACUUCUCCCCCGUUAACGGUGAUCCUGCCGAACUCAUGCGCAUCUGCGUCGAGCACGGCAUGUUCACCCCAUCCUUCGUCUUCGAAACCAGCACCUACGCUCGCGGUUGGCUUAACGAGCUCCUGCAGACCUCUUGGACGGCGUGCCAAAACACUGACCUCCUGAUCGAAUCGCCCUCCGCAAUGGGCGGCAUCCACAUUGCUGAAGCGCUAGGCGUGCCCUACUUCCGCGCCUUCGGCAUGCCCUGGACCAAGACGCGAGCAUACCCACACGCCUUCGCUGUUCCGACUAGUAAAAUGGGCGGACAGUUCAACUACAUGACCUACGUCAUCUUCGAGAACUUGUUCUGGGGCAUGACAAGCAAACAGAUCAACCGCUGGCGACGCAAGACCCUGAGCCUGCCACCCACGGAUCUGGGCAAGAUGCAGCUCAACAAAGUCCCCUUCCUCUACAACUUCUCUCCAAGCGUCGUCGUUCCCCCACUCGACUUUAGCGACUGGAUCCGCAUCACAGGCUACUGGUGGCUCGACGAAGCCGACAACUGGACUCCAGACAAGGAGCUUGUAGAGUUUCUUGGAAAGGCGAGAUCUGACGGCGCCAAAAUCGUCUACAUCGGCUUCGGCUCCAUCCCCGUCAACGACACCAAGCAACUCACGCAGCAAAUCGUCGAUGCCGUCCUCAAGGCCGACGUCCGAUGUGUCUUCUCGAAAGGCUGGAGCGACCACUUCGACGCCCAACCUUCCUCCGCCUCCACCGCUGCUCCCGCGGCAGCAGCGUUGCCCGACUCGAUCUUCCAAAUCCGCUCCGCCCCGCACGACUGGCUCUUCCGCCAAGUCGACGCAGCCGUCCACCACGGCGGCGCCGGCACCACAGGCGCUUCGCUCCGCGCCGGCUUACCAACCGUUAUCAAACCCUUCUUCGGCGACCAGUUCUUCUUCGCCACCCGCGUCGAAGACCUGGGCGUCGGCGUCAAUUUGAAGAAAAUCACAGCCAAUUCAUUGGGCAAAGCCAUCUGGCGCGUCUGCCACGACGAACGCAUGCGCGGGGCAGCUCGCCACCUGGGUGAGCAGAUACGACGGGAAGACGGGGUGGGAAAUGCGAUUAAAGCCCUCUAUCGCGAUCUCGAGUACGCUCGUACAUUAGUCAAACGGCACGGACGGGCCUUAGAAGGGCAAGAAGGGCAGGAGGGGGAAGAAGAGGAGGAAAGCUGGACUUUUGUGGACGAUGAAGGGGAUGUGGAGGUGAUUCGUGGGACGGGGGAGCUUAAUUCCUACGCUUCUCCGAGCAGGAGCACGAGUCGGCAUACGAGUUUGGGGAGUCUGGUUAUGCGGAAGGGCGUUUAG